CGGUCGUUGCUGAUCAUUUGUGGGGCUUCUGUGUGUUUUUGCACCAAGUCGAGGCUAAGGCUAAAGACGUAAAAAAUGGCGGACCUGGAUCGUUGGAUAGACAUCGCAAAGGAAUGCGAAUACUUACCCGAGAAUGACCUAAAGAAAUUGUGUGAUUACGUCUGUGAGCUGCUACUGGAAGAGUCGAAUGUCCAACCUGUGUCUUCUCCGGUGACGGUGUGUGGGGACAUCCACGGCCAGUUUUAUGAUUUGGAGGAAUUAUUCAGGACAGGUGGCCAAGUGCCCAACACAUCCUACGUGUUCAUGGGUGACUUUGUAGAUAGAGGAUAUUACAGUUUGGAGACAUUUACAAGGCUAUUAACACUGAAAGCCAAAUGGCCUGACCGUAUCACACUGCUCAGGGGUAACCAUGAAAGUCGACAGAUCACUCAAGUGUAUGGAUUCUAUGAUGAGUGUCAGUCAAAAUAUGGCAAUGCAAAUGCCUGGAGAUACUGCUGCAAGGUCUUUGAUCUUCUUACAGUUGCUGCGAUCAUUGAUGGUCAAGUUUUGUGUGUCCACGGAGGGUUAUCCCCUGAUAUCAAGACCAUAGACCAGAUAAGAACAAUCGAUCGAAACAUGGAAAUCCCACAUAAAGGAGCAUUUUGUGAUCUUGUGUGGUCUGACCCAGAAGAAGUGGACACCUGGGCAAUAAGUCCCAGAGGGGCUGGGUGGCUAUUUGGGCCCAAGGUUACACAAGAGUUUGUCCACAUCAACAAUCUAAAGCUGAUCUGCCGCGCCCAUCAACUCGUCCACGAAGGUUAUAAAUACAUGUUUGACGAAAAACUAGUUACCGUCUGGUCCGCGCCUAACUACUGCUACCGCUGCGGCAACAUCGCCUCCAUACUGGCCUUCUCUGAUGCCGACAACCGCGAACCCAAGCUAUUCCAGGCAGUACCAGACUACGAAAGGGUGAUACCACCCCGAACAACGACACCCUACUUCCUCUAGUAGAGUGCGCAGGAAUUAGAGACAGUUUUAG